UCGGGUAGAAGGAACGCCACGGGAUGCGCCGAUCAGCUCCAUGGGCUCCCCGGGGUUCAAUGUCUCCCGGGAGCUGCUGCUGGCGAUCCGGCAGGCGAACUCCCAGCGAGUGGAGUUCCUGGUGGAAGGUUUCACCUCCGCGCUGCGCGAGGCGCGGCUUCGAAAGGGCAGCGCCAAGUUCGAGGGCAGCCUUUGGGACCUGGCCUGCGCGGUGCAGCGCCUGGCGCAGCAGCCGCUGGGCGCCGCGCAGUUCUGGGAGGAGGUGGCGGAGGUGGUAAAGUCCAACGAAGCUGAGAUGCAGCCAAGAGAGCUGGCGCUUUUCUGCCACAGCCUCCGCGGCCAGCGAAACCCCGCGCUGGCGCCGCUGCUGCUGCGGCGGGCCGCCGCGCUCCGCGAGGACCUCACGGCGCGGGAUCUGCAGAUGAUUUUGCAGGGGCUCGAGGGACUGCGUCGCGAGUCGACGGAUGCCUUGAACCCGAAGCUCCUGGAGAGUUUGGCGCGUCGCCUGAGCCAGUUGCGCCUGGAUCCGGACCAGCCUUGGCAAGCGGCCAACAUGCUGCACGCCUUCGCUAGGCUCCGGCAUGUCAACGACUCAGAGCUUUGCAGGAAGAUCUUCGACUUUGCCCAGGAGGGCUUGGGCGCCUGGGGCCCCAAGGAACUGGCCGUGCUCUGCGACGCCUGCGCGGAGCUGCGCCAAGGCGCCCGCCGGAGCUUGGCCCAGGAAACCUGGCAGAGCCUGGCGCUGCGGGGAGCAGAGGUCUGCGUGUUGGCGGGGCCCAAGGAGCUGGCGGACUUGGCCCGGGGCUUCAUGCGCGCGGGGGUGCCGCGGGAGCUGGUGGCGCCCUUCUUCGAGGCCCUGGAGGACCGGCUCACCUCGCCCGCCUUCUGCGAGCAUUUGAGCGCCUGGGACCUUUGCUUCUUGGCGAAGGCUUUGGCGCACCAACGCUGCCCCGUGCGCCCGGAGCGGCCUCAGCGGGAGCCUCACCGGGAAAUGCGGCCGUACACGUCCUGGCCGCUGGAGGAGUAUGUCGGUCGGCGAGUGCGGGACUUCUCCCAGAUGGACCUUUGCAGCACGUUGAACGCUGCUAUGAGGCUUCGAGUCGCAACAGGACGCGGCCCUGAGCUUUUGCAGCUGUGGCGGCGGCUGGACGUUGGCGCGCUGUCGCCGCCCCAGGUGGCUUUGCUUUUCAGCGCCGCCGCGGCCGCGGACGCCUUUGGCGAUGCCGAUGCCGGCGGGGCGCGGCCGGCCUUUGGGAUGCUGCGGAAGAUUCUGCCUCAGUGCCGAGCACUGAGCUCCCUCUACACCCCCUGGCAGUUGGCUUACAUCAGCCAGGCCCUUGAGGUGCUGGGGGACGAACAUGGCCUCGGGCUGUGGCCCACGCCCGGCCAUGGUCUGGAGGUUGUGGAGCCGCUCUGCGCCCGCGCGCAGGAGGUGGUGGCCGACGAAGAGAAGCGGCGCCUGAUCUGCGAGUCGCUGCGAAAGAGCAGAAUCCAGGGGCUCUUCUUGCGCUUUUCCUUUGACAAGUACUGCCAGGGGCUGGUUUCGACCAUGCCCGCUGAGCCCCCGAGCUUCGAUUCCGUGUCCAUGAGCCCCGGGCCCGGCCCUGGCAUGGAGAUGUCGCGGAGUUCAGAGGGACCUGCAAGGGCCAGCAAUUCACAGAACCGGCUGGUGCAGUACCUGCAGACUGCGGCCCAUCCCAUGACCUGCGUCUUCCACGCGGCCUUCAAACUCGUUGUGCUCCUGGUCUACAUCUACGGGCGUUACGUCGAUGGCUCCUACGUCUCCACUUUCAUCCUCUGCACCAUCUUCGCGGCCCUGGACUUCUGGACGGUGAAAAACAUCUCCGGGAGACUUUUGGUGGGCCUCCGGUGGUGGAACCUGGUCAAGGACGACGGCUCCUCCGAGUGGGUCUUCGAAUCCAACCCAGACGAGGGGAACCUGAAUGCCACGGACAGAAACGUCUUCUGGGGCGUGACCUACGUGUGGCCGGUGUUGUGGGGCGUCUUCCUCUUCAUGAACAUCCUGAACUUCAGUUUGGACUGGGUUCUCCUGAACGUCAUGAUGGUCGUCUUUGCCGGCACCAAUCUGGCUGGGUACUGGAAAUGUUCGACAGAUGCCAAGAAGCGCGCACAGCAGUGGGUGGAGAGUCAGGGCAUGCGCGCGGUCGCCGGAGCGAUGGGCUUCGCUUAG